CAACGAACUGACUUCGCGUUAGCCAUGUUGUCGGUGCUCAUUGUUACUCUACUGGCUGUGACGGCCGCCGGAGAGGCCCUGGCGCCGGCACUUGCAGGUGGUGGUGCCCAGUCUUCUAAGAGACACGUCCGCUCCAUGCGGUGGAGUCCCUGGACCCCCACAAGUCCCAAGUUUGCCCAGAGUAGAAGAGCAGGAUACGGUGGAGGAGGUAGUGAUGACUCAGGCGGAGGUGUGGUGAAAGUGUACGGCAUACAAGGAGCAGGUGGAAACAUAGAUGGUCGCCGGAAAUCCUUUGGUGGAAGCAGCGCAGGAGAUGGAGGCGUGGUGAAGGUUUACGGCGUUCAAGGUGCAGUUGGCAGCAGAGGUGAUGGUGGAAAAAACUUCGGUAGAGGCGGCGGUGUUGGUGGAGGAGGAGGUGUGGUAAAGGUGUACGGUGUUAGUGGCGGCAACAAGGCAAAAGUUUUCGACAGAGGUUGUAAUGGCGUCGGUGGAGUUGUGAAAGUGUAUGGGAUUAAAGGAGUUGGUGGCAACGGGUACAGCGGUGGAAAUGAUGGUGCUGGUGGCUUCUUUAAAGUAUAUGGAGGGCAUGGCGGUGGAGGGCACGGUGGUGGAGGAGAUGGAGGAGGUGAUGAUGGUGGAGUGGUGAAAAUAUAUGGAAUCAAUGGCGGUGCAGUAGGUGGCAGACAUUAUGGUGGACUCGGAGGAAGUGGAUUUGGCAAAGAGGGUGGUGUGGUAAAAGUUUACGGAGUUCGAGGUAACGUUGGAGGCAGCGGCCAAGGUGGAAAAUAUGGUGAUGAUGGACACGGAGGAGGUGGAGGCGGUAUCGGAGGUGUUGUAAAGGUGUAUGGCGUGCAGGGACAUGGUGGACAUGGUGGUAGUGGACAUGGAGGAGGUGGAGUGGACACGGAGGAGGUGGAGGUGGUGCUGGAGGUGUUGUUAAAGUAUAUGGUGUGCAAGGAGAUGGUGGACAUGGUGGUAGUGGGAGUGGACAUGGUGGCGGUGGACACGGAGGAAGUGGAGGUGUUGUAA